AUGAAGUUUUCACAAGUGCUAUCUUGUGCUCUCGGCGCGGCGACCACAGUUUCCGUGACUCCGCCCCUUAUUGCCAAGCGAGCCCCAACCGAUCCUCUUCCCAACGAAAAGUUUGGAUGGUUCAGCACGAUCUCAUUGGAGGAUGCAAGGUCGGGAAUUCUGAAGUCGCACAAUGGUACUAUUUCCAAAAUUAUGGAAGGCCUUGGAAACAGCUUCGAAGAUGUCACCGAUGAAAUCGCUGAGUCCAUAGGGCUUGGGUCAUCGUCUCCGUCCCCAGCUUCAUCUUCCACUGGUGAGCCGAAGAUCGCCCCAAUUGAUGAUCCAAUCGAUAACGUGACAUCUGUCGCGAUAGGUUGCGACAACCCAAACCAGCGGUUUGAAUGGAGAGACUACUCAGACACCGAUAGGCAUGCAUUUGCUGCAGCCUUCAAGUGUCUGAUGGAUGCGCCUUCGUCCGGCCGUUUCCCACCAUCACAGAGCCGAUACGAGGACCUGGUCCGCGUUCACCAGAUGAUGGCCAAUACCAUUCAUGGCAACAGCAUUUUCCUUCUCUGGCACAGAUAUUAUGUCUGGACUUUGGAACAGAUUAUGAGGGACGAGUGUGGUUUUGACAGAGCUUUCCCCUGGUGGGAUGAAACUCUUGAUGCUGGUAACUUUUCUAGCUCUUCCAUCUUCACGCCCGAUUUCUUCGGGUCACUGCGGACGUCUACCAACGACCAGUAUAUCUGUGUUACCGACGGCUACUUUGCCAACGCGGUUGCUCACAUUGGGCCGGGCUCGGGUUUCCAAGACCACUGUCUCUCCCGCGCUGUCGAUGAGUCCCUGACUGCCCAGUGCAAUAAGAAUUUUGUCAAUAUCUGCAAUUCACGCGACAACUAUUCCGAUAUGGAGAACUGUGCCGAGCUCGGUCCUCAUGCAUACGGUCAUAACGGUAUCGGUUCCGUCAUGGCCGAUGCGUCCUCGUCACCACAGGAUCCUACUUUCUUCCUUCACCAUCUUUUCGUCGACCGCAACUUCUGGCUGUGGCAAGACGGCGACGCUUCGCGCAAGACCAAGAUCAACGGCUGUAUCGACAACAGCAGUCCCUGCACACCUUUGACGCUGGAUACUGUUAUUAAUGUGCAAGGGCUGAGACCCAAUGUCACGGUCAGAGAUGUUAUUGAUACACAGAACGGCGUCAUAUGUUACUACUACACGUACUAA